CAGGUGGGGCAACACAAACUGCUCUCUCACAGCACAGCGGAAGUGACCCUCAAACCUGAGUACUCUUCCACGUGCGAGAGCUUUUCAGUCACAUUGGCAGUUCGACAACUCAAGGAUGAGGCGACCGAAGUUGAAGAAAGCAAGUAAGCGGGUGUCGUGUGCCAAACGUUAUAAAAUACAGAAGAAGGUCCGGGAGCACAACAGAAAACUGAAAAAAGAGGCGAAGAAGAAAGGAGUGAGCAAACGAGUGAAGAAGGAUCCCGGAGUUCCCAGCAGUGCUCCUUUCAAAGAGGAGGUCCUCAGGGAGGCAGAGGAGAGGAGGCUACAGAUUGAAGAAGAAAAGGAGAGAAAGAGACAAGCGAAAAAAGAGGAGCGAGCCCAGAAGAGGAAGAAGGAGAAGGAGGAUGCAAGUAAAGAAACAGAACCCAAGGCCAAGAAGGCUCGGCAGGAUGAGAAUGGAAAGCAUUCAAAGAAGCAGACUACCCAAGAUAAGAGCUCUAAACAGUUCCUUUGCUCUGAAUUAAAUAAGGUAAUUGAUGCAUCUGAUGUGAUAAUAGAAGUCCUUGAUGCCCGUGAUCCACUGGGCUUCAGGUGUCCACAGCUGGAGGAAGCUGUGCUGCAGAGGGAAGGCAACAAGAAACUGCUUUUGGUUUUAAACAAAAUAGAUCUGGUACCAAAGGAGAAUGUGGAGAGGUGGAUACAGUGUUUACAACAGGAGUUUCCAGUUUUGGCAUUCAAAGCAUCAACACAGAUCAAGGACAGAACAGUGCAAGCCAAGAAGAGCAGGAUAGUGGCCUCCAAUGAAGUCCUGGACAGAUCCAGAGGAGCAGCAUGCUUUGGAAAAGACUGUCUCACUGAACUCCUCACGAGUUACGCUGCUAACAGACAGAGCGAAGCUUCACUUAAGGUGGGCGUAGUUGGCUUUCCUAAUGUGGGGAAGAGCAGUCUCAUCAACAGCAUGAAGGAGAUCAUGGCCUGCCACACCGGUUUCAAGAGAGGCAUCACAAAAUCCAUGCAGGAGGUACACAUCUCAAAGAAUGUGAAGCUAAUUGACAGCCCAGGGGUUGUGGCAUCACCAUCUAACCCGCUGGCCUCUUUGGCUUUAAGGAGCCUGCAGGUGGAGGAGGGCGAGGAGAGUGUGUUGGAGGCCGUCAGGACUCUGCUCAAGCAGUGUGACAAGACCCAGGUCAUCCUCCAGUACAAUGUCCCCGACUUCAGAAACUCUCUGGAGUUUUUAACCUUGUUUGCCAAAAAGCGAGGUUAUCUGCAGAAGGGUGGAGUCGCAAAUACUGAGCAUGCAGCUGCCGUUUUCCUUGCUGAUUGGACAGGAGCCAAGCUGAGCUACCACUGUAAGGCACCAGCGAAGAACAGUCGCCCUGCAUAUCUGUCUGACACCGUGGUUGCUGAGAUGCAGGAUGGCUGGGAUCUAAACAGACUGAGAAUGGGCAACGAGAAAACUCUGAAAGGUGUUAAAUGCCCAAACCAGGCCAGCAGUAUAAGCUUCAUCUCCAAAGGCAUGACUGCAGGACUGCUGAGCAUCAGUGACAUCUCUGAAAACAGACCUGGUGCAGCAGCCACAGAUGGUGAAACUGUGUGUGAGAAUGAGGAGCCUGAACAAUCAUCCAAGGAGACACAUGAGGGGGAGAAAUCUCAGAAGGCACAGGUGGCGUUGCUCAACAAAAAGCCCAGCAAGGUGCAGUUCCACUCUGUGCCCAUUGACAUUAGCUUGUCUACAGCUACAACAGAUGACGCCUAUGACUUCAACACAGAUUUUAAAUGAGCUUUGGCAUCGUGUUGCUUCUCAGCUAAUGCAGACCUGGACUUGUCAACAUACAGUAUAUGACAACGGUGAGACAGUAAAGAAUCACUGUCUGGGUGCCUUUGACCAUUACUGUCCUACUAGCUGAAGGAUUUCAGACUAGACUUGACUUGAGCUAGUUGUUGGGUCAAUGCUUAAACUUGGGACAGGGGCAGAGAGAAGGACUAUUAUUUAUCUGUUAACACCAUAAAGUUGGGUUGUCUUGGGAGUAAUCCCUGGCCAAAUGUCAUUUGUAAAAGCUUGUGCUCAAGCAGAACACUGUAUAUACUAAAAAGUCAUAAACCUU